CUCUUCAUAGCUUUGCUUGACGGGAAUACUAUAAAUGUUUGAACAUUUGAUUGUUUACUGGUUUUGAUAGAUCCUUUUGUUGCUUUAGAUUCACAGAAUUAUAAUUAUACUGUUAUGAUGUUUUGAUUUUAUUUCAUUAAUUGCACCAGAAGUAGGAGAUGAUCACAAUCAAUUAUGACUCUAUCCUAUAGAUGUCCUGGAUUAUAUUGUGGUCGGGAACUUUUAAGCAAUGGAAGCUGGAGUGAUUGUGGAGCAUGUCCUAGAGGUUUUAGAGCUAACACAUCUUCGUUUUGUGUUCCAUGUAGUAAUACACCAGUUUUGUAUGACUGGCUCUAUUUGGGUUUUAUGACAUUUUCUCCCCUUGUUCUGCAUUGGUUUUGUAUUGAUAAUACUACCCCUUUCAGAGGAAGGCUAAGUCGAGGUGCGCUUGUCCUACACUUAUCCGCGUUAGUAGAAACAGUACUUGCAGCCUUUUCAACAAUUUUAGUAAUUGAACCCUAUGGAAAAUUAGAUUUGAAAGCUUGUCCUGUUAAAUCUCUAUCUGAUUGGUACACACUUUUCCAUAAUCCAAGACCAAACUAUGCAGAAACCUUGCACUGUACACAAGAAGCAGUGUACCCUUUGCAUACUAUGGUGUUUAUAUUUUAUGGAUUAUGUGUUACUAUCAUGCUGCUAAUUAGGCCUUGGCUGGUUCAUUUCUUUUUACCAAAAACGGGAGGUGCCACAGUUUAUGCAGCUUUAUAUUUUUUUCCAAUAUUAUCAUUACUUCAUGCCAUAUUUGGAGGAUUGAUUUAUUAUACCUUUCCAUAUAUAGUGAUAGUCCUUUCAGUUAUUUCAAAUGCUGCUCAUUUUGCUUUUAAAAUGGAUCAGUCAAUGAAGUUCCAUGUGGUGAGCACAGUUACCGAUAUAAGAAAUAUGAUUAUUGUCUUGGGUCAUUGGGUUGUACAUGGCUAUGGAAUUAUAUCCCUUACUCAACUUGGUGAACCUGUCUUCCAUUCUACUCUCCUCUGUUUGGUUCCUUUACCUGCAAUCUUUUACAUUAUUACAGCCAGGUUUACAGAUCCUCACAAACUCCAUGCAGAUUAACUUUUUACCUGCCAACGUCUCCAAGUGGUUACAAUGUUUUAAAAAUGUUAGAGACUGAAAUUAAUUCUUAACAAGUAAAUUCAAACAACAAAUAUUUCAUUUGCAUACUACACUGUGUUAAUAUUUUUUGUUGAAUUAUUCAUUUAUAUUUCUUAUACAUAUAAUAUGUACAUUUUUAAUCAUAUUGAACAGUAAAUUCAGCCAUUUUCUUUAUUAAACCAAAUAAUAUUGUCCCAGUUGAAAACGUUGGUGGGUAAAUUGAUCUUUAUUUCCUUUUGGCUUCUUUUUCCAUAUUGAAUGUUGAGAACAUAAGUUUUCAUUUCCUAUUUAAAAAUGUCAAGGCCAAAAUUCUUAAAUGAUAUUUUUAUUGUUAUUAGUAAUAUGUUAUAUUGAUACUUGUAAAUAAUUAUUGUACAUAUAAAUUAACGGUGAACUCCUGUAUCCAAUAAUUUAUUUCUUUAAAAAUCUCAUUUCAUUAUUCAUGUUGUCAUCUUAAUUUUCUUCAUUAUUCUAUAAUGUUUCUGUACAUACAUGUAGAAAAAAUAUAUACAUAUUUUUAUGACUGUU